AUGUCGUACGCCUCUGUUCUCGCGAAGAACGCUCCCCCCGAAGAGCGCCAGGUCCACCCGGAUCCCAGCCUCCUCACCAGGCCCGAAGACAUCGAGCACAGCCGCCCCAUCUCGCCCGGCGCGCCCGCAGACGACCUCGUCGCCGACAAAGUUCACAUCGUCGACCGUGACGAGAUCGAGAAGCUUCGCGAAGCUGUCGCUCACGCCGACGAGCCCUCCGCGACGACGGACGACCACUUUGCCGAGGCGCAGCAGCACCAGGCCGAGCGCGACCAGCAGCUCGAGCAGCAGCGCUUGAAGGCGCAGGCACAGGCAGAGCUCAAGCGGACGACUGACAAGGUCGAGGCUGUCAGCGAGAACGCUGAGGAGAAGGGCAAGGAGCUGUACGACGAGGCCAAGUCCAAGGGCAAGAAGCUCGAGAAGGAGGCCGAGGACAAGCUCGAGAAGGGCAAGAAGGAGGCUGGGAAGGCUUGGGAGCAGGGCAAGAAGGAGGCCAAGGAGUUUGCCGGCAAGGUCGAGCGCGAGGGCAAGAAGGAUGCCGAGAAGCUGAAGCGCAAGGCGUCCGAGGUCGAGCGGGAGGGCCGCGCGCUCGCGAAGAAGUACCCCUACGCCGCGACUGGUCUCGUCGGCCUCACCAACGCCCUCCUGAUCGCCAUCCCCGGAUACCUCGCAUGGAAGAACUGGGACCAGCCCCGCUGGGACCGCCGCAUCGUCUCGAUGGUCACCGUCGGACUCGGCUCGAUCUUUGCCGCCGAGGGCGCACUGGGAUGGUUCGAGUACGAGAAGGAGCACGGAAGGCGCUAG